CCGCAAGCCCCGGUCAUGCUGCGGGCUCUGCUCCUCCACGCUGCCUGCGUCUCCCUGCUCGGCCCCCCCGGCCAGGGCACUGCGCACCCCGGUAGGAAGAACCCGCCCGGCUUUGCCGUCGAGAGGCGCCGCCUGGGGCCCCACGUCUGCUUCUCCGCCUUCGGCAGCGGAUGUUGUCCCGGGUGGAUGCUGUCCCCGGGCAGCGGGCAGUGCACCCUGCCCCUUUGCCCCUUUGGCUGCGGCCGUGGGCUCUGCAUCGCCCCCAACCUGUGCUCCUGCCCCGAUGGAGAGCAGGGCAUCACCUGCCCAGAGCCCCCGGGGACGUGCGGGGAGUACGGCUGCGACCUGGCCUGUAACCAGGGCGGCUGCCAGGAGGUGGCCCGCGUCUGCCCCCUCGGCUUCGCCAUGGUGGAGACCUCCAACGGGAUCCGCUGCACCGACAUCGACGAGUGCCUGAGCGCGGCUUGCGAGGGGCGCUGCGUGAACACCGAGGGCGGCUUCGUCUGCGAGUGCGGGCCCGGGAUGCAGCUCGCUGCCGACCGCCACCGCUGCCGGGACACAGACGAGUGCUUGGCCACCCCGUGCCAGCACCGCUGCAAGAACAGCAUCGGCAGCUACCGCUGCUCCUGCCGGCCCGGCUACCACCUCCAUGGGAACAGGCACUCCUGCGUGGAUGUCAACGAGUGCCGGAGGCCCGGGGAGGGCCGGGCGUGCCAGCAUUCCUGCCACAACACCCCGGGCAGCUUCCAAUGCUCCUGCCGGCCCGGGUACCGCCUCAGCGGGGACAGGGUGUCCUGUGAAGGUUACCCCAAAUCCAUCCUGGCUCCAUCGCCCAUCCUGCAGUCCCUGCAGCAUCCUCCCACCCUGGUCCUGCUCCCUCCUCCCGGCUCCGGAGCAUCCCUAUUGGUGCCCAGGGGCUCCCCUUCAUCCCAGCUCCCCGCUGCGGCUCCCGGGACCCAAUUCCCUCCCUCCUCUCCGGCGUUCCCGGCCACGGAGCCAUCCCAACACGGAGCUCCUGGAUCCUCCACCCCAUCAGCCCCUCGCUGCUGGGACCGGGGCAUCCCUCGGGAUCCCGGUGCCCGCUGGAUGGAGCCGGGAUGCCGGAGCUGCUCCUGCCUAGGGGGACAAGUGCUCUGUGAGGCCGUGACCUGCCCCACGGUGUCCUGCUCCCAUCCAUUGCCUGCUCCGAGCGGGAGCUGCUGCCCCACUUGUGCAGGCUGCCUGCACGAAGGGGUGGCCCGGGCUGAGGGCGACGUCUUCUCCUUGUCCGAUGGGAAUUGCACCGUCUGUGUCUGCCUGGCUGGGAACAUCUCCUGCAUCUCCCCCGAGUGCCCCCCCGGCUCCUGCCCCAGCUCCUCCUCAUCCGACUGCUGCUCCUGCCAGCCCGCCAAGUGCAGCUUUCGAGGUCGGACGUACGCGCACGGUGCCCGCUUCAGCCUGGAUGGGGAUGAGUGCACGACCUGCGUCUGCAGGGCUGGCGAGGUCGAGUGCUCCUUUGCCCCCUGCCCUGCCCUGGAUUGUCCCCAGCACCAGCAGCAGCUGAGCCCCGGGCAGUGCUGCUUCAGCUGCAGGGAACCCCCGGCCCCCACCGGCUGCUUCCUGGAUGACAACGGCGUGGAGCUCCCCGUCGGACAGAUCUGGUCUCCGGGCGAUCCCUGUGAGUUAUGCAUCUGCCAGGCUGAUGGCUCCGUGAGCUGCAAGAGGACAGACUGCGUGGAGACGUGUCCCUAUCCCAUCCGCAUCCCUGGGCAGUGCUGCCCCGACUGCUCCGCAGGCUGCACCUACAUGGGGAGGAUCUUCUACAACAACGAGACCUUCCCCUCCGUGCUGGACCCGUGCCUCAGCUGCAUCUGCCUGUUGGGAUCAGUGGCCUGCUCCCCCAUGGACUGUGCCAUCUUCUGCACGUACCCCUUCCACCCUGAGGGCGAGUGCUGCCCCGUCUGUACCGACUGCAACUACCAAGGUCGGAAGGUGGGGAAUGGCCAAACCUUCACCCCCGAGGGCCAGCCCUGCACCCGCUGUACCUGCCAGCUCGGGGAGGUGAGCUGCGAGCAGAGGCUGUGCCCCCGGUCCUGCGCGGAGCUCGCUGCGCCCUGCCAGGCUCAAGCCACAGACGUCCGGCUCCCGCUGCAGAGCAGUGACCUGGCCCCAUCCCCAUCUCCAUCCUCAUCUUCCUCAUCCUCAUCCCCAUCCCCAAGCCAUGAGGACACCCCCAUUGCAACCCCAACGCCCCCCCAACCAUCCCGCCCCCCCCGGCCUCGCCUGGCCCAGCUCCUGCUCCCCAACACAGCCCCCCCUGGCCCCUCUUUGGGGGGUGCAGGGGCUGGGGAACCCCCCGAGGCCACGCUGAGCCCCUCGGGGCACCCAUCUCUGCCCCCCAAUGCCCCCUCUGAGGCCGGAGCACCCCCGGCUCCCACAGGCAGCCCCAGAGCUCAGGGACCCCCCAGGGACACGGAGCCCUCUGCUGUGACCCCGGCCAGAGGGGAGAGCCCCAGGGCCAGGGCCCCAUAGGGACCAAGUGGCACUUGGUAAGGAUGGAGAGGAGGAGGAGGAAGAGGAAGAGGAGGAGAAGGGGUCUGCAGGACCAGCAGGUCUGGCCCACCAGGCCCCUGGGGUGAUGGGUGGCUGGGGAGGGGGUGCCAAGUAGAUGGGGUGGGCAAUAGCAUCCCGGAUCCCAUGGGUGCAUCCCAGGCCCCAUAGAUGAAUCCUAGCUCUAUGGGUGCAUCCUGGCUCCAGUGGGUGCAUCCCAUCUGCCAUGGGUGAAUCCCAGCUCCCAUGGGUGCAUCCCGGCUCCCUAAGUGCAUCCCAGCUCUAUGAGUGCAUCCCAGCUCCAAGGGUGUACCCCAGCUCUCACGGGUACAUCCUGGCUCCCAUGGGUAGAUCCCAUGUCCCAUGGGUGCAUCCCAGCUCCCAUAGGUGCAUCCCCCCUCCCAUGGGUGCAUCCCCCCUCCCAUGGGUGCAUCCCACCUCCCAUGGGUGCAUCCCACCUCCCAUGGGUGCAUCCCACCUCCCAUGGGUGCAUCCCCCCUCCCAUGGGUGCAUCCCACCUCCCAUGGGUGCAUGGGCACUGCUUCUCUCUCAGGCAGAGGCUGCGUGGUCCUCAUCCCCCCUGGGGUGCUGGGGUCCCCCAGGAGCACCCCCUCCAUCUCCCUGGAGCAUCCUUAAGGACCCCCAGCCCCAAAGGCUGGAUCCUCCCAGCAGGAUGGCGCAGGGAAGCCCUGGAGCAUCCCUGAGGACCCCCAGCCCCAAACCAGCCCCCCAAGUGCCCCAUGGACCCCUGGGGUGCUGCUGCCCCAGCUCCUGGCCUGGGGACAGGGGACCUGCCCUCCCUGCCACCAAUAAAGUCACCCUGAUAUUUA